AUGCAAAUCCUGAUAUGACAUUUGAGGUUUUAUUUACAAGUGGAGUCGCGCGUAACGAAAAUUCGAAAAUUCCGACGUUAUGAACGAUGUUGUGCACAAAAUUCUAGAAUACACGAUUGGAAGCGUGUUCGGCAAGGACAUUACUUGCAGAGAGCCCGUGGACCGUUGCGACGAUUAUCAACCGGGCUCUUUGGUGGAAUUAGGAAGAACCGGCAUUAAAUUGUUCAAGAAACUGUUGAUGCCGUGCGGGUUAUGCGCGGUACCAAUAGCAAACCCGUCAGCGAACGCGUCAUCGGACAAAAUGUCAACCGUCAGCGGGGAAACAAAAGCCAAGAAUCUGAUCCGGCCCUCCGAACUGCCUAUUUACUCAUUCGAAGACUCUAAACAGGCUCCAUGUAAGGAAUAUCAACCCUCAGCCUUGGAGCAAAACAUAUCCAAAUUUCGGAAGUCGCUCCAAUCGGUCGUUUCGGAGUGUCAACAUUACACCGGCGUUAUCACGGAUACCAUCGACAUUGGGAUUGAACACAGCAGAUCUAUGGUGGAUUAUCUUCGCGAGGAAAGCAACGUGAUGCCGCGAAUGGGUGCCAUCGGUAUCGGCGGACUGGCCGGAUUGGUUCUCGGACUCAGAGGACGCACGUUUAAACGUGUAGUGUACACCAGCACCGGCGCUCUCGCCAUGGCAGCUCUGUGUUAUCCCAAGAAGGCGGAGGAAGGCGUCGAGACGGCGAAACAUUACAUACGCAUCAGUUACAACUUCAUUUACGGCGUCAGGCCGGGCGACAACCGAGAACUGGAAUUGCCGGAGUUGCCAAACUUUCAAAUUCCAACAUCGUUUUCGGAAUUUGCAAAUUUAACGGCUGAAACGACCUCAGCACUGGCUACUGCCGUCAGUAGCUUUGCAUUGGAUGCGUACGCAUCUUUGAGUGCUGACAAGGAGGGAAAACAAUCGGCGACUAAGUCGGACACCAAGCAAGACUAGACGUUCUGUGACAGUGCAAUGUAGUAAAAAAAAAAAAAAACCAAAAAUCCAACUUUGCUACAUAGGGAGAGAAAAAAGAAAAUCUA